UAAUUUUAAAUUUCAUCAAUUUUACCGCCAACAGUACUGUAUUAUGUAAAACUAAGAUCCGUGGUUAUUUGAAGUAGAGGGCAUCAAUAUCGCAAUCAAGUGUUUGGAAAUUGCUAAAGUGAAAAGAAACGUAAAUGCAGUUUGUCUCCUGUAACUUGCAGCAUCUUUGUAGAAGAGCUAUACGUGACCUAUGUGAGCCUAACUCAGUUUAUAAACAGAUAUUUCGGAGAUUUACUGUCACCGUUAGGUUGGCCGAUUUCAGUAAGUGGGGUACAACAAAAAAGAAUCGUAAACUGAAAAUACAGAUUACACAAGAUAUGGCAGACCCAAAGAUAGAAGAAAUAUUGUCUCCUCUUCGGGAUGGUGUUAAGGAACAGGGUGACUAUGUGCGAAAACUCAAGUCUAAUGGUGCUCCAGAAUUGGACAUCAAAGUAGCAGUUGCUGAGCUUAAACAUAGAAAAAAGUUAUUGGAAGAGAAAGAACUAUCCUUUUCACAAACAAUAUUAUUUGAUAGGGCAAGGAUGGAAGAUCUUUUAAAACGUAGAUUUUUCUUUGACCAAUCAUUUGCUAUUUAUGGGGGAAUUAGUGGACAAUUUGAUUUUGGCCCAAUGGGUUGUGCAUUUAAAACAAAUCUACUAAAUACAUGGAGAAGCUUCUUCAUAUUAGAAGAACAAAUGUUAGAAGUAGAUUGUUCUAUUUUAACACCAGAACCUGUACUCCAAGCAUCUGGACAUGUGGAAAGGUUUGCCGACUUAAUGGUGAAAGAUGUGAAAACUGGAGAAUGUUUCAGAUUGGAUCAUUUGAUUAAAUCACAUUUAAAAAAAGUAAUUAGUGAUAAAAAAACUAAUGAAAAUGUAAGCAGAGAAUGUGAAGAUAUUAUUACUAAAUUAGAUGGAAUGACUAAGGAAAAAAUGGCAGAAGUUAUGUCCAAAUUCAAUAUAAAGUCCCCUAUUACUGGGAAUGAUCUAACAGAACCAAUGGAAUUUAAUUUGAUGUUUGGAACUCAAAUUGGUCCUUCUGGGCUUGUGAAAGGGUUUUUAAGACCAGAAACUGCACAAGGUAUUUUUGUAAAUUUUAAACGACUGCUUAGUUUUAAUCAAGACAGGCUGCCAUUUGCUGCAGCCCAAAUUGGAAAUGCAUUCCGUAAUGAAAUUUCUCCUAGAUCUGGUUUAUUAAGAGUAAGAGAAUUUACUAUGGCAGAAAUAGAAUACUUUUAUCAUCCUGAUGAAAGAGAUCAUCCUAAAUUUGAUGAUAUUAAAGAUUUAAGUGUACUGUUAUAUACUGAUCUGAAUCAAAUGGAUGGAAAGGGUGCAGAGUAUAUGACUUUACAUCAGGCUGUGUCACACGAAAUUAUAAAGAAUGAAACCUUAGCAUAUUUUAUGGGUAGAAUUUAUUUAUUUUUAAUUAAAGUUGGAAUUGAUCCAAAAAGAUUGCGUUUCCGUCAACACAUGCAAAAUGAAAUGGCUCAUUAUGCAUGUGAUUGUUGGGAUGCAGAAUGUUUAACCUCUUAUGGUUGGAUAGAAUGUGUUGGUUGUGCAGAUCGUUCUUGUUAUGAUCUCGAGCAACAUGCACGAGCUACUGGAGUAAAAUUAGUAGCAGAAAGAAAAUUGCCAGUACCAGCAACUGUUGAAAAGCUUGAAAUAGUACCAAAUAAAGUUAUUAUUGGAAAAACGUUCAAAAAAGAUAGUAAAUUCGUGUUAGAGACUUUGGAAAAUUCAGGCACAAGUAAUGUUCGUGCUAUGGAAAGUGAGCUUAACUUACAUGGACAAAUUGAAAUAUCACUUCCAGAUGAUAGCACAGUAUUCAUUACAAAAGAUAUGAUCGAAAUAAAAAGAUAUAAAAAGACUAUACACGUAGAAGAAGUGAUUCCAUAUGUAAUUGAACCAUCUUUUGGUAUUGGUCGUAUUAUGUAUGCAAUUUUUGAACACAACUUUAAAGUAAGAGAAGGAGAUGAGAAACGAACUUAUUUCAGUUUGCCACCAAUCGUAGCUCCUUUAAAGUGUUCAGUGUUACCACUCAGUGGCAACAAUGAAUUUGUACCAUUUGUGAAACAACUAUCUCAGAAUCUCACUAAAGUAGACGUUUCGCAUAAAGUCGAUGAUUCUUCUGGUAGUAUCGGACGUAGAUACGCACGGACAGAUGAAAUUGCAAUACCAUUUGGCAUCACCAUAGAUUUUGAUACUUUGAAAGUACCUCAUACUGCUACACUCCGUGAAAGAGACAGCAUGGGACAAGUUAGAAUAAAUUUGGACGAGAUUCCAGAUAUAGUAAGAGAUCUAUCUAAUGGUAAACUUACAUGGUCCGAGGUUGAAGAAAAAUAUCCCAAAUUCGAACAACAAGAAACAACGGAAACAAAAUAAUAUAUAUUAAAGGACUAGCUUAUUUGCUAUAAUAAUAAUUACUAUAAUAGUAAUUUCUAUUUUGCAUUUAUAAUGUGCAUAUUAUAGACGUUAACGUGUAUGUUAUUUUGCACAAAUAAUUAUAUAAAUGUCAUUAAUGAAACAGAAAUUUCGAUUUUUGUGACUCUGAUUAAGAAUAUAUGAAUUUUGAUCAGCAAAAAUAAAA